UAAUUUAUUGACUAUAAAUUUGGUAAGAUGUAUAUCCAAUCUUAGUUUCCAAAAGACUGCUUCAAGUAAACUUGAGAAUCAGCACCUUGUUUUCUUGCAGGAUAUAAUAGCAGGUAACCAUCAGUUUCAAUCCACUCUUCUUUCAACACUCGGAAUCAACCAAAGAAGAGAUGACAAAGCUACACACUUGUUAUCCAAGCUCUGCAUCUUCAAAGCUAGGAAUUGACAAAGAUUCACAUGUGAUCUCAAAAACCAAGCCAAAGAUCAGGAUAAUUCAUGUGUAUGCUCCAGAAAUCAUUAAAACUGAUGCUGCAAAUUUCAAAGAGUUGGUUCAAAGGCUCACAGGAAAGCCAAAAGAAGAAGAAGGGAGAGGUAAAAGCAAGUCCAAAACUGCACUAACCAAAGACCCAAAGGAUUCACGCCCCAAGAAGGCCAUGGUCAUGCAAGAUGAUGAGUUUCUGAGUCUGCAAAAUAGGACAAGGGUAAAGAAUGAAUAUAAAGAGGAGGAAAUUCAAGAUGAUAUGUGGAGGUCAAAGUCAAACGAAAAGUUCAGUGGUUUCCUUGAUGGGUUCUUAGAAUUGGAUGGUUUUAUGGAAGAAUUGGGUAUUGACAAUUACCUUGACUCUGUUGCAGUGCAUGUGUAUUGAUCUCAAUCAGUCCUUUGGAUGCUUCAGGAUUAUAGUGAGUAUUCAUUAACAUUACUCACCAUAAUACUUUGUUUUGUGUAUGAUAGUUGUCUUGAAUUGCAUCUCUUUCUCUUGGUAAUGAUUGCUUUCUAGGUCUUUCACAUAGCAAUUGUUAACCAAUUUUGCCUAGUUAAGCUUCUUUUGUUUUCUCUCUCAGCUAUUGUUUUUUCCUUCUUCUAAUCAUUUCCAAGGGAGAAGAAGGGCUUUUUGUACUUUUGCAGGCUAAAAAUUCACAGAUCAAUUCAUUCCAUUUGGGAACAAAAUUAUAAUUCGAGCUUUGACAACAUUGGAGUAAUCAAAUAGUGUCCUUGUCGUGCAUACAAUAUUAAUGUAGACCUGACAGUUGUUUAUCUUUAUGAAGACUUUUCAAGAGUAAAGAGCUUCAGAAAUAAACAGCAUUACACUUUGAAAGUGAAAGAAAGAUUAUUUAGAUAGUAAAUUGAAUUGUGAUUGGAGAUGAAAUUGGAAUUGUUGAACAAAAUAGAUGGAAAAAAACUUAUGCUGUUUGUUAGAGAAUACAAGAUGUAAUGCAAGUUGUGAAGCCACCAUUUGGAACUCAUCAUUCAAGACUUUUCAAUAGUAGUGAGCUUUGGAAAUCAACAGCAUUACGCUUUGAAAGCGAAAGGAAUAUUAUUAUAGACAGUAAAUUCAGUUGUCAAAUAGAGCAUGCUUAUUAGGGAUGAAAAGGGAUAUGGAUUAAUGAACGCUGAGAAGCCACUAUUUAGAACUCAUCAUUAGAGACUUCAUCACAAAUAUUGAGAUGAGGUUCAAUAAUCCAAACCAACAUAAUAGAUUCAUCAUAAAUGUAUGAUCUUCAACAUUCGACAACAAAUUGUUUAAAUAGACUCUGAUAUAUUAA